UGGCUAUUGGGCUCCACUACGCCUUCCACGUGCACCACUGCCUCUUCCCUUCUCGCUUGGGAACUCUAGUCUCGCCUCGGGUUGCAAUGGACCCCAACUGCUCCUGCGCCGCUGGUGUCUCCUGUGCCUGCGCCAGCUCCUGCAAGUGCAAAGAGUGCAAAUGCACCUCCUGCAAGAAGAGUGAGUGCGGGGCCAUCUCCAGGAAUCUGGGACUGUGGCUAAGGCUGCUGCUCCUGCUGCCCUGUGGGCUGUGCCAAGUGUGCCAAGGGCUGCAUCUGCAAAGGGGCAUCAGAAAAGUGCAGCUGCUGUGCCUGAUGUUGGGACAAACCUGCUCCCAAGUACAAAUAGAGUGACCCGUAAAAUCCGGGAUUUUUUGUUUUUUGAUACAAUCUUGACCCAUUUGCUACAUUCCUUUUUUUCUGUGAAAUAUGUGAAUAAUAAUUAAACACUUAGACUUGA